AGAACUCUCGGCCCUGGAAGGAGAGGCAGCGAUUCAAGUGUGUGACUUUGGGCAAGUCACUUAACACGACUGAGCUGUGGCUUCUCAUCUGUGCCUCCCUCUGAGGUCCUCAUGUGGACAAAGUGACAGUGCGCGUGACCCCUAGCACAGUGCCUGGCACGAUGCGCUGCCUGACCACGCCCAUGCUGCUUCGGGCCCUGGCCCAGGCCGCACGUGCAGGGCAUCCCAGUGGCCGGAACCUCCACAGAAGCACAGUGGCAGCCACCUACAAAUAUGUGAACAUGCGGGAGCCCUCAAUGGACAUGAAGUCGGUGACCGACCGGGCAGCUCAGACCUUGCUGUGGACCGAGCUCAUCCGAGGCCUGGGCAUGACCCUGAGCUACCUGUUCCGAGAGCCAGCCACCAUCAACUACCCAUUCGAGAAGGGCCCACUGAGCCCGCGCUUCCGCGGCGAGCAUGCGCUGCGCCGGUACCCGUCCGGGGAGGAGCGCUGCAUCGCCUGCAAGCUCUGCGAGGCCGUCUGCCCAGCCCAGGCCAUCACCAUUGAGGCUGAGCCUCGGGCCGACGGCAGCCGCCGGACCACACGCUACGACAUCGACAUGACCAAAUGCAUCUACUGCGGCUUCUGCCAGGAGGCCUGCCCUGUGGACGCCAUCGUUGAGGGCCCCAACUUCGAGUUCUCCACGGAGACGCACGAGGAGCUGCUCUACAACAAGGAGAAGCUGCUCAACAACGGGGACAAGUGGGAGGCCGAGAUCGCCGCCAACAUCCAGGCCGACUACCUCUACCGGUGACCGGCCCGCCGGCUGGCCCAGGGUCCCCUUCUGCCCAAUAAAAAAGCUCUGACCUCC